AUGGGUCGGGCAAAAACAGCUAUGAAAUACAUUCAAGAUGAGAAUCCUCGCAAAGUAUGUUUCAGGCAAAGAAAAAAAGGAUUAAAAUCAAAAAUAUCUCAAAUUACUAAGUCGGGAGCAAAAGCUUGUUUGGUCAUGUAUGAUGAAAAUAAUGAAGGACCAAUGACAUGGCCAGAAGAUCUUGCAACGGUAAACUCCAUGCUUCAAGAAUAUGAGCAUCAAAAGAUUGAUAAAACUCCUAAAGUAUUUGAUGUCAAUGAUUACUUUAGAAUUAAGAAAAAUAUGGUUAAAGCUGGGAUUACUAAAGUGCAUAAAGAUAUCAUCAGCAUCAAGUAUCCAACAUGGCAUCCACAUUUUAAUAAGAUGGAUGAGAAUCAACUCAGAAACUUCAUGGCUUCUAUAGAUGUUAAGAUUAGAGCUUGUAAUCACAAAAUUAGCACGCUGAAAAGUAGCUAG